AUGGGAAAUUUAAACAGAAGAAGCACUAUUCCUCAAAUACUUUUAGUUGGCCUUCAAGGUGCAGGAAAAUCAACUCUUCUUUAUGCUGAGAUUGCAGAUUCAUUAGAAUCCACACAAGGGUAUAACUAUGAAGUCAGAAAUUUCUUGGAAGACGGAGAAGGCAAAGACAUAGGGAUCUGAGAUGUGUCUGGAAAAGAAGCUCUUUUGCCUUUAUGGUCAUCCUUUUAUAAGAAUAUUUUGUUUUCAGGGGUUAUUUUUGUAAUAGAUUCAGACUCUAAUGAGCAAAAGCUUGAACAAGCCUUGGGAAAACUUCACCACUUGACAAAUGAAGAAGAGCUCAGGGAUGCAAUUUUUUUACUCCCCCCUCCGUGAGCGAGCAAAAGCAUUGGGAGAAAUCUUAUUCUUUUGGUAAAACACACCCUCCGUGAGUGAGCAAGCAAUUUUUUUAAAAUAAUUUUUUUUAUAAAAUAAUAUUUUGAUAUAUAAGUAAUAAUUAUUAUAAGAAAUAUCUAGCUAAUUCUGUUUAAUUUUAAAGAACUUGCACUCUAAAACAUAAAUUUUGCAAAUUAAUUUAAUAAUUAAAAUUUAACAAUAAAAAUUAUAUAUAAACUUUUUUAAAAAAAAAAUUAAAACCCUCCGUAAGAGAACAAAAUUUUUUUUUUAGCUCACGGAGGGGUAGAAGAGUCAGUUAUUUUUAAUACGAAAUCUAAUAAAGAGAAGAGAAAGCCUGGAGACUUAUUCAAAAUCUGUUCACUUGAAGAAAUUCAUCGAUCUAUUAAAAUUCGCUGUGUAGAGUUGAAUCUUAAAGGGUACAUUAUAUUAUAUAUUAAUUAGAGUGCUUAAAGUGUGUAAUGCCAUACCUCUGUAUAUUAAUUAGAGUAUUUAAGGUGUCUAACGCCUGCCUCUCGUUAAAGGGACAGAGCCAAAAAGUGACGUCACGAGCAUUUCUUAUCAAAAAGGUUAGAAUAUCCCAAAUAAACCGCCUCCCAUCCUGAAAAGAUCUUAUCUCCCUGUCGAUGCCUUUGCCUUUGCCCUUGCCUGACUCAACUCCUGCGUCUAAGGGCCAUACUUCUCCUCAGAUGUACUGAGCGUGCAACACAUAGCCUCUUGGUUGCACUGAGGAGCAGUUCCCUCGGUUAUCCCCAAAUUUAAACCUCUUGCUAUGUAGAAGUUUUCGAGAGAAAAUCAAACCCCAUAAAUAAAAUUCUAUGAGAGGAAAAAUUGGUGAAGCUAAUUUCUCUCAAGCAUGAUUCCAUUUUAUUUAUAAAAUCUUAAAGGAUACAGCGAAGAAUUCAGGGAUUCUAUGAAAUGGUUCUAUCAAAAUUUAAUUUAA